UUCCCAUCCCUUAAAGGACUGAAGUUUGGAAGAAAUUGCCAGGGGAAAAAAAAAUGAUCUGUGGCUGCUUGUUAAAUAUUCAGACAAGUUUCUAACAGUUCAUUUUGUUUCUGGCUGAUGUAAAAUGAUCAACAUAUGGUAUGAGAAGGAGACCUGAAAGGAACAGAUUUUUGGUCCAUUCUGAGAGAAAAACACGGAUAAACACAGAUUUUUUCUGUUUAAAAACCAACUUCUCAUUCUGAUAAAACAAACACCAAAAUCUGAAGUAUCCUUAGACAGGAGAAUGUUUGGUUGGGACCUUUGGCCCACCCCUUCCAGGACUCUGUCCCAUUGAUGCUACAGAGAAACACAAAUAGAAAUUCACAUCCAUGACACUCAGAGCUAGUUACAUGGGGCUUGUUCAGAGGAAGGUAAAUAUUUUUUCAUAACCCCUGUAGAAUAGGGCUGUCCAACUGUUGGUCCCUGGGCCACCUAAGGCAGCUGAGAGGUUAAUAUGCAGUCCACACAGCUGCUGUUGCCCCCACUGCUUCAGUGGCUCCCCAUCCCACCUCCCUUCAGCUUCUGGUUCUUGCCUUUGCUCCUGAGGAUGGGGCCAGAUGGCAGGAGGGUGCCGCACACGCGGCAGGGGGUAAUCUGAGCUGCUCAUGCUGCAAGAGAUGAGUCUGCACUGCUCGUGCUCCACGUGCAGUGGGAAGAAAGUGAGCUGCCUGGGCAGCGCAUGUGGUGGGGGAGGACCAGGUUGUGCACACAGCUACAGGAAUGCUGGGGGUCUGUGGCCCAUGUGGCAUGCAGAACCGCCACCAUCCAGAACCUGGACAGCUCUACUGUAGGAGAGCCCUGCUGCACCCUGUGCAACCUCCCUCAUGGGGAGGUCUGUCUGUUUUAUUAUUUUCCCUUUGUAGCACCUGAUGAAGUGAGCUGCUGUGCUUACAGAAACUUAUGCAUCUCUGAGUUAGUCUGUAAGGUGCAAAUCUACUUGCCUUCUGCCUUAUUUCCCCCAUAAAAUAAAGGGCUGGAAUGCAGCUCAGAUUUGGCAUGGCAGCAUUUACACACACUGGAGAGGGCAGUCACAUUCUCUUUGCCUUGACUCCAUAAGAAAAUAAAAUGGACUCUCUGAACUCUGUGCUUUUCAAUGUCUCCAUUAGCCCCUUGCACCAGGUUUUAUUGAUCCAAUGGAUUUUUGGUAGCAGAAGGUUCCGUGCACCACGCAGAAGUGGCUGCAUUUAUUUGCAAGAGCUUGGGUUCAAAAGAUGUUGACUCAAUAUUUGAUCUUGUAUUGUUUCAGGGAUAAAGGUUGUGGCAUCUAGUAAUAUUGUUAGCAUCUGGGCUAGGCUUGAGCCAAACCUGAGCUGCCCCAUGUCAGCAGUCCACCAGGGGCACUACUGUUGUACCACAUACACAGCGUUGCAGUGUUUACUACUUGGAUACAGGGGUGGGGAGCCUGCCUUGUGAGGAGAGAUGCUCUGGCAGCAUAAAGGAAGAGGGAUUGUAAUUGCAUUACACUCCCACGCAGCUGCCUGUGGUUUGUGCAUUCAUUUCCCUUCCUCCAGCUUGCUGCUGCUCUGUCUCUUUCCCUUCCAUUCCAUCUGACCUUCCAUGCCUCUCUACCUCCUGAUCCACAGUGCUCACUAUUUAUCCCUGCCAUCUCUCUCCCACCAUGCCAGUCCCUUGCUUGUGGCUCCCCACAAUUCCAGCUCUUCCAAGUUGGCUUCUUUUCACUGCCAGGAUCCCUUGGGGAAGACCAGCUGCUGGUGUGGACUGGGGUGGGAGGGGGUGAUUUAAACCAGUGAAAUAAUAUCUAGGAAACAGCCACAGCCUCCCAAGACACUGAGCACAUUGCUCCUCUCAGGACAUUACCGGAUCAGCGCUGCACAAACAGACCCAUGCUGGAGAGGGGAGCCAGACUGAGGUCUGGUGAACUCUCUGGGGAAGGAGAGAAGCCUCAGUGACAACCAUCUCCCUUCCCCUAGCAGGAUCUACAAAGUGUUUCCCUAAAGGGCUGCCAUCUCCCAAGGUCCCAGCUGCAGUUGGUCUGGAGAGAUCACUUCACUCCAGCCCCCAUGUCAGAAGAGGAUGGCGGGGGGGUCAUCUCCAAGUGGGGGGCUGUACUCUCCAAGAGCUUGGGGCUGCUUAGAUCUGGGUCUUCGGCUUGAACCAAUUUAUAGUGUCCAGUCUAGCAGGGAGGGCAGGGAAAGCAAACUUCUUCAUGCAAUGGGAGGGUCACAUCCAAGUGAAGUCACCAAACUGGUGGGGCUGUGUCCAGAUCACCACGUUCUCCAGCAUUUUUUCUCUCCUUAGGUGCCUCCUUCCAGUGGUACUGGUGCUCAGAGGGAUCAAAGGAAUGUUGUAGGGUCAUGAUCCUUCUGUACAUGGGGGAUCUUGCAAAGAGACAAGACAGGAGACGAGAUCAGGCACCUUGUGCUUCCUGCUGGGGCAGAAACUGCAUGAGAGCUUCCUCCCCACAGCUGCUCCAGCUCUGUCCCUCUCAUCUGGGAGCAAGAAUGCAAUGCACAAAGGGUGAGAAGAAAAUAACUGAACCUUGAUUGAUCUAGGGUUUGAAACAAAGGAUCAAGGGUGGUUCUGAUGUCCUGCAAACUGGAUCCUUACCCUCCUACACUGUGGGAUCUAGCAGUGAAAGCCUGUCAGGACUUCAAGGCUGUAUUCUUGGCCCUGCCACUGAUCAGCUGCUUGACCUUGGCCAAGACACUUCUCUCCCUGCCUCAUUUCCCCAGCCUGUAUGGCAGAGAUGAAGUAUGAUUUGGAGCGUCAGUGCUGCAGACAUAGGCACCUCUGACUGUCAAUGAUAGAUGGGUUCUAAUAAUGGAAAAAUCUCUCUUGCGUUGGAUGUCCUGAACUCCCAGAUAGAUUGUCUUCAAGCAGCACAAUCUGGGGAAUAGGGCCAGGAAAGAGACAGUUCUUAGGAGGAGUCCACCACUCUCCACAGCAACAGAGGGAUCAGUUUUGAGCCCCCUAUCUGGGCUGGAGAGUGGGGUCCUCCCUCCUCUUUGGAACUGGGAUUAAGAGCUGUCUCUUCACCUCAGUCUCCUUGCCCUGCAGUCAUGAGCUAACACACCACAGCCACUUCUGGAUAGUGAACUAACAGGGGUGAUGAGACAUGGGGGCUUUUGACAGCUGGGUCCAGCUGGGUAGUUGCAACUAAAGGGUAUUGCUGUCUAGGGCUGUGCUGGGAACUGUGAGACAAGCACGGGCCAGGGUGGGUGUCUCAACUCAGUUCUGAUUGGAUUGAUGAAGGUAAUUGUGGUGACAAACUGGAUCAGUUGCCAGUAGACUCAACCAGGAGACCACACACAAAGUUGGGUCAUCAUGGAGAGAGCUAUGAACCAUUGAUUGAGAGGGAGUAGUGGGGAGAACCUGUCACUGAUCUAUUCAUCCAAAGGCUUCAGGCUCCAGGGAUGCCCACCUAAUGCCAUUCCUCAAGUCAAACCAAGCACUUGAAGAUUCAUUUGGUACACUCAUUGGGUUUCCCCAGACCAUGGCCAGAGGGACUAUUAUCUUGGUAGCCAAUGCAAGUGUGUAUCUCUUGGUGCUACCAUUCACUAGUCUGGUGUUGGCACUUCUUGAUGCUUAGCCCUUGGGGCUGAGACAACAGAGCAAAGUGGCAGGCCAGUUAGGAGAGGGGGGCUGAGGAAGGGCAGAUGAGUCUCAUUCCAAAUGAACCACGGAUCCCACCAGCCAUGUGAGUUUUCCUCCUCAGCUAUUUCAAGGAGUGAAUGCAGGCUCAUUUGAUGUCUUUUCCCAUGACGCUUUGCACCCACCAUUGUUCACCUUCCUUUUCCCCAGUCUGUGCUGGGAAACAGAGGCCCAGAGGGAGCAGGAGCGAACCAUGGUGAGACAUGGUUUGUUUAGAAGAACAUUGAGCCCCCAGAGAUCCCUAGAGGAGGUAGGGUGCUCUCAAGAAGGUUCAGACAGAAGAGACAGGGUGAGAAGAGGUGGUAGAAAGGCUGGCGGUCUUGUGCUUCAAGGAAUGGAGACUUGAGCUAGCUGGAGCUACAUGUAGCCAUGCCACACUACACGCAGUCAAGCAGGGAGGUGAAGCUGUCUCCAUUACAGAGAGCUGCCUUGGGGGCCAGUACCAUUCCCAGCCAUGCCUCCCUGGCUGUGCAUACAUUCUGGGCAGGAGAGUAUGGAUGCCCACGCUGGCUCUGUUGGGUGGCAAGGUGACCCAGUCCAGCUGGGAACCCCUUUCUGUGCCCUCAGAAGCAUUCCUUGAACAACACAAGGAGGCAGCCAUAGGUGUCCCCACUUCCUGGGUAUGAGGGGCAUCCGCAAGUGUAGAACCCAUGGUAACCAGGAUGCUUGGGACCACAGGGUACCGGUGAGCACCCCACCUGUCCCAAACCCUUAGCCCUGGGGGGGAAGCCCAGCCUGGCACACCCAAGUGGAUCCAGAGCCACUUUGCCAACUGUACCAACAGGGUGUGCUGAUCUAUUACACCCCCACAGACCCUCCCAUCCCCCAGGGAAGAAGGAAAGAGGCACCCCAGCCAUUGGCAAGCCCAGAACUUCUGCCCAGAGGGGAGAAGAGACGGGGAUUGGAGGAGCCCUGGUGCCGGGGAUCUUCCCAGAAAGAAGCUGGACAGGGAGGAGGGAUGGGGCCCCUGUUGCAGGGAGGUGGGUGUGGGCAUACUCCCCCAUCCUCCCCCCCCCAUAAGAUAACCCCAGCUGGAGGCUUGGCCUGGCCAGUGCUGAGGGCCCUGUGUGAGAAGGGCCCCACUAAUGCCACCACCCCUUAGCCGAAGCAGGGCAGCCCCUGGAGCCCGUGCGAUCCACUUGCCAGCCGGGACAUUGCCCCCACAGCCGGGACAUUGCCUCCACAGCCAGGUGGUGAGGGCGGGCGCGGCACCGCGCAGGCUGGGGGGGCUCUGCCCACCCUGGCCGCUGAGGGGACGAAGCCAGCGCCCCCAGCCCCGCAGCGCCUGCUCGGGCCGCCCGGCCGGGGGUGUGGCUCAUUGUGUCUGCCGGGGGAAGGGGCGGGCGAUGCUCCGGCUCGGGCCGCAGGGAGAGGGCGCAGCGGCGGCAGCAGCAUCGGGAGCAUGAGGCCGGCGUGAGCGGGAUCCCGGCCCCGGGGAUCAAUGGUGCAGGACGGCAGCAUGUCCAGGACGCCGUGCAGCUCCAGCCAGGACAUCCAGAUGGACGUGUUCGACCACCCGGGCCUGCAGGGGAAAUACGGCAAGCGGAAGAGUCGUUUCAAACGCUCGGAUGGCAGCACCUCCUCGGACACAACUUCCAACAGCUUCGUGAGACAGGGCUCUGCGGAGUCCUACACCAGCCGUCCCUCAGACUCGGAUGUGUCCCUGGAGGAGGAUCGUGAAGCUUUGCACAAGGAGGCUGAGCGCCAGGCCCUGGCACAACUGGAGAAGGCCAAGACCAAGCCAGUAGCAUUUGCAGUGAGGACAAAUGUAGGCUACAACCCAUCCCCUAAUGAUGACAUGCCAGUCCAGGGUAUGGCCAUCUCCUUUGAACCCAAAGACUUCCUGCAUAUCAAAGAGAAAUAUAACAACGACUGGUGGAUCGGGCGCCUGGUGAAGGAGGGCUGUGAGGUGGGCUUCAUCCCCAGCCCUGUCAAACUGGAAAACAUGAGGAUGCUGCAGGAGCAAAAGAUGAGGCAAAACCGCCUCAGUUCAAGCAAAUCAGGGGACAACUCCAGCUCCAGCCUGGGAGAUGUGGUGACGGGGACCCGCAGACCCACCCCACCUGCCAGCGGUACUCUGGACAUGACUAACUUAGCUUAUGACCCUGAUGCCCUUGACUUAGAAGAUGAGGAGGCCGAAGGCCUGGAGAACCACCGCUCCCCUAAGACUAGCGUUAGCAGUGUCACCACACCCCCCUCCAACGUCAAGCGCAUCCCCUUCUUUAAGAAGGCGGAGCACGUGCCUCCCUAUGAUGUGGUACCCUCCAUGCGGCCAAUCAUACUUGUGGGGCCGUCUUUGAAGGGGUACGAGGUGACAGACAUGAUGCAGAAAGCUCUUUUUGACUUCCUGAAGCAUCGCUUUGAUGGCAGGAUCUCCAUCACGCGGGUGACAGCCGACAUCUCCCUGGCCAAGCGCUCUGUGCUGAAUAACCCCAGCAAACACACCAUCAUCGAACGCUCCAGCACGCGCUCCAGCCUGGCUGAGGUGCAGAGUGAGAUUGAGCGCAUUUUCGAACUGGCCCGGACCCUGCAGCUUGUGGCUCUUGAUGCGGACACCAUCAACCACCCAGCCCAGCUAGCCAAGACCUCACUGGCCCCCAUCAUUGUGUACAUCAAGAUCACCUCCCCUAAGGUGCUCCAGAGACUGGUCAAGUCCCGGGGAAAGUCCCAGGCCAAACACCUGAAUGUGCAGAUGGUGGCAUCAGACAAACUGGCACAGUGCCCUCCGGAAAUGUUUGACAUCAUCCUGGAUGAGAACCAAUUGGAAGAUGCCUGUGAGCACCUGUCUGAGUACCUGGAAGCCUAUUGGAAGGCCACGCAUCCACCCAGCAGCAACCCACCCAAUCCCCUCCUGAACCGCACCAUGGCUACUGCUGCCCUAGCUGCCAGUCCCGCCCCUGUCUCCAACCUCCAGGGCCCCUACCUAGUGCAUGGGGAGCAGACGCGUGAGGGGGAGCGUGCUAGCCUUCAUGACUACCCAGGAGAGCCGGCCACCCGCAGCCAGGGGCGUCCAGGCCAGCUCCAUGCUCGCCUAGUCAACCGUGGCCUAUCACGCCAGGACACCUUCGACUCAGAGACCCAGGGCAGCCGUGACUCGGCCUACACAGAGCCGGGCGAUUCCUGCAUGGACAUGGAGACGGACCCCUAUGAGGAGCCCGAAGCUGAGCCACGCAGCACCCCUGGUGCCUACCACCGAGGGCUGGGCCGCCACCACCUCCACCUGCACCAGAGCUCCUGGGAUGAGGAUGAGCCAGAUCGGGAGAACCACAACCGGCAACCUCGGGGCAAGGGGCGAGACCACUACUGCCAGAACGAGGAGGAGGCCAUGGGCAUGAACAAGAAUGACAUGGAGGCCUGGGGGCGGGACGUGUACAUCCGCUAGAGCCGGGGCAUCUGCCUCAGCAGGAGAGGGAUGUUGUGCGGGAAUCUUCCCCUCCCCCCCCCCGACUAUGGGGCUUCCCUACUUUGGUUGUUUUGGGUUGGGGUGGCCCUUGCCUCCUUAACCAGGGCUGGCCUCAGAUUAUAUGGUGCCCCCAUCCAGCUUGGAUGAGGGCUUCCCUGCCUCCCCCCCCACCCCAUAUGGGGCUCUCUUGCCAGCAGUGCCAUGGGGACCCUUUUGCCAAUGGUGACACAGGCCCCCCCAACUCAGCACCCAGAGGGGGCCCCUGCCAACACUCCUGGGGCCCCUCUCACUUCCUAUAAGAUUGUGAAUAUUCACCUCCACCUUAAGCCCCUCCUUGGCUCUGUGGGUCCCCUGGGUACCCAGAGAGGAGGGGCACCCUGGCGUCCACUGUUGCCUCGGGCCAUCCCUGCCCCCAAAGGGAGUAAGUGACCAAAUGGAUCCAGCCAGCUCCCCUGCUGCCUGCCAUGGUCCUGCCCCAGUGGGUGGGAAGCCUAGAGCUGGGCACUGUCUGUCCCCACUCCCUGGGGAAGGAAAGCAUGUUCAACCCUGGUCUGUAACUAAUCACUUCUGGGGCUGUCUAGGGGGCGGUCUUCCUCCAUCUUCCUCUUCCCCACCCCGGACUCAGCUUCUCCCCAAUUUGCAUCCUUGCCCCAUCCCAUCGUAUUUCCAUGGUGCUCUUGACAACCCAGCUGAAGAGGGGAGCUGUGGCGCUACCCCUGGUUUCUUUAGAGAGUUCUGAUAGCUGUGGGGAGUCAGUCUCUGCCCAGCAAUGAGGAAUCUCCUCUUCUGUCCAGUGCCUACGAUUAUGUCUAGCCCUUUGUCCGUACAGACAGCUGUAACCCCAGCAACGGUGCCAUAGCCUGCCUCCCAUCAUGGCUUGACCUGUCUCGAUUCUCCAGUGCCUCAGCCUCCAGCCCCCCAUGGAUUUAUUUUACGUGCUAAACCACAACAGAUUUGGGGGUGGGGAUGCCUGCACUCCAGCCUGCAUGCGUGUGUGGUGUAUACUGCUGUGGGCAUGCCCCAGGCCGGGGUAUUGAGGGAAUGAAGGGGGCUAACCUGUUUGGAUCUAAUUGGACUCCUAGUUGAUCUGCACCGUGCUGACUCAAAGCAUGGUGGGGGGAUGCUUGUGUGUGAUGCCAUAGGCUGGGCAUUCUUCUGGUGGGCUGAAGGGACUCUGCCGAGCAUGUCGGGGCAGUUCCAGGACAUCCCAGUCCCAUGUGACAUCAAAGCAAUCCCCCUUGCUGGGAGCAGUCAUCCUCACCAGUGGUCCUGCCUACUGCCUAAGGAGAGGAGGUGCCCUGUGAUGGCAUCUCUGGCCUGGGCUACCCUCUCCCUGGGGCACGGCCUGUUUGGUUUUCCCCUUCACAGAGCUGCUGUCAUCAGACUGCAGGUGCUUUGCAGGGUGCUUCCAUUUGAGGAGCUUGGACCGAAAUGAAGGCAGGGAGACAGUUUCUGGCAGAACAGGCUAUUUUUGCAAAAUGGUCUAUGGCACCUUUUAGUGGGGGGGACGGGCUCUUCCAGAAGGGUGUUUAUACACUGUGCUCAGGGGGAACAUGCUUUAAUUAGAGCAGCUCCAAAAGCUCCAAGAGCUGCUCUAAUUAAAACACCCAGAGUCACAUGUGUCAGUGUCCCUGUGCUGAAAAAUGGCAGCAGGGGCACUUUAACUAAAGCUUGUCGAACGAGCUUCAGUUAAAUUGCCCCCGCCACCAUUUUUUAGUGCAGGGACGCUGACAUACUUGACCAACUGCAGUCUGCUGGAGCUCACCAAUUACCACUCUCUGGCAGACUUGAUUAAUCAAGUCUGCUCCAAUGCGCUGUAACUACACGUUGUAAUUACAGCAUGUUGGAGCAGCCUCACUGCAUAUGCAUAGGCACCUGAAAUGCCCCUGAGUGGGUGAGGGGGAGGGGAGAUCAUUUCUACACUGAGCUGGAGGGACAGGGGUGUCUAACGUGAGUGGUUUGUGUACUAACAGCUUCCUCAGUCCUGGCCUGCCGUGUCACCUUGUGCCAUGCUAGGGGCAACAACCAAAGUACCCAGCCCCUUUGUUUAUGGGCCUCAGGUGGAGGGGUGGGAUUUUUACUUGGCCAAAACCUUCAGCCCCCCCCCCAGUCAUCUCCUCUCUCUGGGCCUGUAAUAUCUGCCCAGAACCCUCCAGACCUUUCCCCUCCCCACCAGCUGGGACUCUGCCCCUUUCACCCACCCCUGGUCUUGAGCAUGAGGAAUCUGGCUGGAUUGAGCCCAGAGAAGCUGUGCCUGACCUGUGACCUUCCAGGCAGAGCUGCAUCCCUUACAUUCUGCCAAAACCUGUCUUUGGCCAACCUAAAAUGGGUGAGGCUGCCCAGUGCCCUUCCCCUUGUCUCCCCGCCCCCUUCUGGCUGCAGUUUCUGGGCAGUGCCUCUCUGACCGACGAGCAUUCGGUCAUUUGCUGCCCAUUCAUGCAAUACCUGCGUCCAUGUGUGCCAGCGUGUGUCCGUCCAUCUCCGUGCCCCUUGGGAAUGGGCUGGAGGUGGUCUCAGCUGCUCCCCCUCCUUCACUGUGAAGUCUCUGGGUUUUGUCUGUCUGUACCCAUACCCUCUGCAGGGGCUGGCACCUCCCUGCUCACCUGGCCUUGAGCGGUGGCUUUAUAGCCAGGGGCCCUGCCUCACCUUGCUCUCCCUGACAGGGUGUUAAGCUUUGCAUCUGGUUUCAGUGGGGGCCGAGACAGCCCCUGCUCUCAGGUACUGCUAGGAGCUUCCCCAGGGGAACUCAGGAGCUACUGCCUUUGACAAGAGCGAGGGGCCUUUCUAGACUAGUGCCGCUCUGUCCUGGGUGGGGAGAAGGGGUGGUAGUGGCUGUCUUCUUCAUGGAGGCUGCUUGAUGGGUUCCAGCCACGCAACUUAGCUGCUACAACGGGAUGGCGAUGCCAGAUUUCUACACCCACCUCUAUUGUGGAGUCAGGUCACUCUCCCUGUGUGUGUGCCUCGUCCUCCCCGUCCGUGAACCCCAGGGCUAACGAGCACCCCUCUGUUAAGUGCUUUGAAACCUGCAAGCUCCAGCCACCUCAAUGUGUUGUAACCACCACGUGUCACGGCUGUCUCUAUGCUGCUGCCCCACACCUCACAACUGCCACGGGCCCUCCUGCUGCCAGGCCAAGGAGUAGAGAAUCCCCCUCAGCAAGGCAGGGUCUAGGACAUGCCCAUGGCCAAGUCUGCUUUCAGCCAGCAGGGGGGCAGCGGGGUGGGGGAGGGCUGGAAAGGUGUCUUCAAUACAGCCCUAGCCUUUUUGCAAAGCAACUUUAAAGGAAAGAGAUGUCCUGUAUUUCCGUCAUUUAACAAACUAUUUAAAAGAAGUGUAUUUUAUUUAUUUAUUAUUGUUUGUUGAGGGAAGGGGGGAAAUAUUAUCCCAUUUGCUUGAUUCUUUGUAAUAAAUAUUUCACUGAGAACUCUGA